AUGUCUCCAAGCUAGCUCUUGACCUGCAGAGGCUCUACGUUGACCCAGGUACGGCUGACAGCAGUAAUUCUAGGGCGUGCGAGGGCAGAGCGGUCUUUCUGAGGGAGACGUAGGGAUGGUAACGUGGGGAGGGGCUGGUGCUGGCCCCACACCCCACUCAGCCAUCUGGUUCCCUCCCCUCUCCUUCCUGAAGACUUGGUGGGCUAUGAUAUUGAUAUAAUUCUGAAUCGAAGAAGCUGCAUGACUGCCACCCUGCAGGUCAUCGAAAAGAAUUUACCUGAGCUGUUGUCCUUGAACUUGAGCAGCAACAAACUGUACCAGCUGGAUGGCCUGUCUGACAUUAUACAGAUGGUCCCCACAGUCAAGAUCCUGAACCUCUCCAAAAAUGAGCUGACGUCUAUGCGGGAGUUGAGCAAGAUGCGAGGGCUGAAGCUUGAAGAGCUGUGGCUGCAAGGGAACCCGUUGUGUGACACCUUCCCAGACCAGUCCACCUAUGUAAGGUCAGUCUCAGCACGAGUGUCCAGUCACACCCUGACUGGGGACUGCCAUGUGAGCAUGUACAGCACGUGCAGCUGUAAGGGGUACUGUGGUUUGUUUGUUGUUGAAGUGGAAGGAAGUUCUCAGGGCUGUGUGCGUGCCUUCACCCGGAUCUUCAUCGCUACCCCUGCCAGCUAUGCCAGUCUAUGCAUUGUGAAUGACGAACUCUUUGUGAGGAAUGCCAGCCCCAGUGAGACUCAAAGUGCGUUCUCCAUCCCAAUGCCUACACCCUCCUCCCUCUCCCAGGGGCAGCAGGAAAUGGUGCAGGGUUUCUCCACCCUGUCUGGGAUGAAACUCGAGUGGUCUCAGAAGUGCCUUCAGGACAACGAAUGGAACUACACCAGAGCUGGUCAGGUCUGCAGUAUGCUCAAGACCGAGGGCAAGAUCCCAGAGGAGGCCUUCAAAGAAAUCCCCUAAAAGGAGUGCUUGGAUGUCAUCUUUGUCUUCAUCCACAUCAUCUUUUCUCUCCAGCCUCAGGCCACGCCCAUGCCUGGGGUUGGAAGCCUGGCUGACCAAGAAGCCAAAGUUACGUUGUAGGCCAGGUAACAUAGCCACCUGAAGGGUCAGCUGUUCUGUGUCUUUUCCCGACUCACGAUUGCUGUUUGGUUUCAUAAUAAAGAGUGCUGUUGCAAGCUGUGUGUUAUGUGUCCUCCAUUGCU